AAUCCCUGGUCAGGCUUUUUCUGGCAUUGGUGGACCUGGAGAUUUCCUCGGGCUGGAGCUGGAGGAAAGGGCCCUAGAUCCUACCUGGCGUCAGCAUGAAGCUGGCCUCAGGCUUCUUGGUUCUCUGGCUCAGCCUGGGGGUUGGCCCGUCUUGGGGCGACCCCAGCUCCGAAGCAGAGGAGUCCUACUCCGACUGGGGCCUUCGGCAUAUCCGGGGCAGCUUCGAAUCUGUCACCAGCUACUUCGAUUCCUUUCAAGAGCUGCUAGGAGGGAAAAACGGGGUAUGUCAGUACAGGUGCAGAUAUGGAAAAGCACCGAUGCCCAGACCUGGCUACAAGCCUCAGGAGCCUAAUGGCUGCAGUUCCUAUUUCUUGGGCCUCAAGGUACCAGAAAGUAUGACCCUGGGCAUUCCAGCAAUGACCAAGUGCUGCAACCAGCUCGAUGUCUGUUAUGACAUUUGUGGUGCCAACAAGUAUCGCUGCGAUGCAAAAUUCCGCUGGUGUCUUCACUCCAUCUGCUCUGACCUUAAGCGGAGCCUGGGCUUUGUUUCCAACGUGGAAGUAGCCUGUGAUUCUCUGGCUGAUACCGUGUUCAAUACCGUCUGGACUCUGGGCUGCCGGCCCUUCAUGAACAGUCAGCGGGCAGCCUGCAUCUGCGCAGAGGAAGAGAAGGAAGAGCUCUGAGGAAGAAGAGUUUGCUGCCUGCCUGGAUUUGAGCGACACCAACCAACCCAGAGACCCAUCC